ACGCACUGGACACCCUCGAUCUGUCCAGGACGUAUACCCAACUUGCAGCCGUUUCGUGGCAACGCACUCACACCACUGACACUACCACCUCGACGGUGGACGGUACCUUACACUCGACAUCGACGCCUUUUGAACGUUGACGGCCGCCGCAGACGCGCGCGAUCCUUCCUAUGCCGCCCGGCGCUCAAACCGAGACAGACUCGCCAACAGAGGUCGGCAGCCCUCUGCCAAAAGCCGAGACAAAACACUUCGACUUUGCGAGCCCUCCAGACGUGCACGACCUGCCCGACGUCGACCGCGAACGCCUCGUCGAAGCUACCCGCGCAGAAGAACCCGAUUCGGACACGGACUCGGAUGCCACGGAAUCGGAGGAAGACUUUGACUGGGAAGGGGAGGACGACGCGCGCAGCACCAAGAGCGACCAUCUCGAAAACGCCGCAAACGUGCGGCGCGGCCGUGCGGUAUGGCGCGCAUUCAUGAAGCUCUCAAGGCCCCUCCGCACGCUCAUCGUCGCUGUGCUCGGCAUCGGCGUGUUGAUCACCCCCCUGCUCGUCUUUCAGCUGCGCUUCAACAACACGCCAGGCCGAGUGGAGGCACACGUCUGGUCCCUCUGGAUGGCCAUCACAUGGGCAGCGAGCUGCGGCACGUACCUCAUCGUAGACCUCACGCCCGUCCUUGCACUUGCCAUCUUCCGCUUGUUCAGCCAUCAGGUCGAGCGAAUGCAGAUAACUAUCGAGCUCACAUCGGCCGUCUUGGGCUGGCUCAAGUUUGCCCUGGACGUGACAUGGUCCUGGAUCGCGCUUUCCGUCAUCCGGGCCGUCUACAAGCCCACGUCUUCAUACUGGGUCAUCAUCAACCGCGUUAUGCAGGCUCUCUUUACCCUUGCGAUACUCUGCCUCGUCGAAAAGAUAUUCCUGCGCUACAUCGCCAUUAACUUUCACCGCCGGGCCCUCGCUGACCGAAUCGCGGAGAACCAGACCGGCCUGCGGGCACUCGAUCGCCUAUCAAACACGACGCCGAACACGUCCUCUCGUAGGUACCCAUACGGCCAGAUGUGGCGGCGCGGCCAUCGCUCAGGAUCGCCCUCGGCGCACGUCUCCCUCGGCGAUCCGCAGAGCAAUCCGGGCUCGAGCUCGAGCUCGCCGAUAUCGGAGAAGCCCGAGGAGAAGAAGCAUCACAAGCACGAAAAGGAGCACGAAAGGCAGAAGCGCAAGCGUCGGCCCAUGACGGCCGUCAUAGUCGACAACCUCGUCAAGAGCCAGAGCAGUGAGGGACAGGCUUUCUACUCCGCCAGCAAGCUUGCGAAGAAGCUGUUCGCCCAACUGAGUAGUGUCGACCCGCAGAGGCAGGAGCUCAAGCUCGAGGACUUCAUCCCGUAUUUCAAGUCCGAAACGGAUGCGCGGGCUGCAUUCGCUAUCUUUGACAAGGACGGCAAUGGUGAUAUCACUAAGCGUGAAAUGCGCGAAGCGGUGCGGCGCAUCUACCGUGAGCGAAAGGCGUUGACUGCUAGUCUCAAGGAUGUCGGAAAUGCUGUGGCCAAGCUGGACGCCGUCCUUAUUGUCUGCGCUCUUCUGGUCCAAAUAUUCAUUUGCUUGCUCAUCUUCAACAAGAAGGACACCAUCGCCUCGCUCGUACCAUUGGCGACGAUCAUCCUCGGCUUCUCGUUCAUCUUUGGGCACUCUGCACAGACCCUCUUCGAAUCACUAAUCUUCAUCUUCUCUACUCAUGUGUUUGACGUUGGGGACUUGGUGAUGAUUGACGAUCAGCCUCUCGUUGUUCGCGAGUUUGGUCUUUUCUCCACCACGUUCAGGCGAGUAGAUGGCCAGGAGAUUAUUGCACCGAAUUCGCUCUUGUCUGGAUCAAAGCUCGUGCACAACUUACGUCGCAGUAGCUCCAUGUGGGAAUACACUGACUUGACUGUCGCCUACGACACACCGCUCGAGAUUCUCGAACAACUACGGCGAAAACUCGAAGAUUACAUCAACGACGACAAGAACCGUCGUGAGUGGUCAAAUAUCCACGUCCAUAUCGAAGAGAUGCAGUUUCAAAACGCGAUCCACCUCAAGAUCGGCAUGGAGCACCGCCCGAAUUGGCAGGACUGGGGCGGGCGCUGGGCGCGGCGCACGGCGCUCAUGCGCUUCCUCAAGGUCACGCUCGAGGAGCUCGACCUGCGGUACACGAAGCCUGUGCAGCCCGUUAUCAUGCCGGGCCCGCCGCCCGGCUGGGGUGCCGGCCCCCGCUCGCCGUACCUCUCUCCACCGCGCACGCCGAACUCGAAGCCGCGCUUCAGCGGCAGCCGCGACACGCUCAGCGUGCCACAGCCGAACGCGAGCCGCGAGACUCUAUCGUUCCGGAGCAGCGACCUCUCACGUGGGCUCUCGACGCGCAUACGGUGAAGACUCCAUGGCCUUGGUGUCGCUUGUGUAUCCUGGCGGACGCACUUUACGUACUUGUUCUCGGACUCAUGAGAAGCUGGCCGUCUCCACAAAUGUGUCUCAGGAUCAUUCUUGCAACCUCUCCCCCAUUCGAUUUUUGUAGUGUCCAAUGCAUAGACAUACAUCUAGACUCACUUGGUUUCACUUGCAUGAUCAUCCAUCUGUUACAUGACUGCUGUAGAUAGCUCAGGUCAUAUGUUAUGCUAAGAUAUAACUUUUGUGUGGAUUAUAAACAUG